ACAGCAGUCUGAAAUCUUGCCAGUUUGAAUAUUUCUUCAGUAGCAUUUGGUCUUGUGAAAAAAAUUGAAAAAAUGAAGAGUGCAACGAUUUUCGUUGCAAUUCUUCUGGUCUUUGAUGUGAGCUGUCAUCAUGAAAACUUACCAGAAGACAUUCUGAAAAGUAUUACUGUUUGCCAGGAAGAGCUUGGCAUAUCAGAAGCGGAGCUAAAGGAAGAAAUACAAAAUCAUAAUUUGCCAAACCCAAACAUGCGUUGCAUGGAAGAAUGUCUGAUGAGAGUAUCUGGUUUGAUGGUCGACAAAGAAGUCAAUGCAGAUAAAUUUAAAACAGUUUUAAAGCAUGUUCAUGGUGAGGCUUACUCUGACGAAAAAUUGGAAUCAUUGAUUGAAAAGUGCUUAGGAGAAGCUCGUGAAAAGGAAGAUAAAUGUGAAUUUGCAAAGAUUCAUCAGAAAUGCAUGAUGGAUUCGCUUGGUAUGGAAUAAGAAUGAAUAAAGUGCAUGAAAGUAUGCCAUAUUGAAAUUCUAAAAUUUAUAAAGAAUUGUACUCGCUAUAUUAGUUUAAUGUAAAUUAGAGCCUCAAAUUAAAGAAACUUAAGCAAUA